AAAUUGACUCCAACUACCAUAAGACCUAGCGGCAUAUGAGUACGUAACGCGCUUACCGCACGCUGUUUUGUUCUGUUCUGUUCUCAAGUUCCUCCACACUGCAACAUGCAACGCACCGCUCCUCGGUCUACAGUAACGGGACAACUGGCUCCAACGCAGCAUAUUUGAAGAGGAGAACAAGCUGCGUUCGCUGCGAUUUGUUUCAUAGCACCGAACCGACAGGAAUUCGAUUCAAUUAAAUUGCAGCAAAGUUGAGCAUGUCUAUGCACUUUGAGGCCUCAAGCAGCGUCACGCUGCUGUUUGACUUCUGGGAUGUGCAUGGACCUGCAGGGAUGGUGCUGUCCGUCUUUGUGGUGCUGCUGCUCACCGUCUUCUACGAGCUGCUCAAGGUGUGGAAGGUGGGGUUGAGCCAGCGCUGUGAGACCCCUGGUCCCCCUCCGUUCCCUGCACCUUACUCGCCCACGGAGGGCAGCUGUUUCUCCCCUCAGCCGGCCUGCCUCUCCCCCCGGCUGGAGAGCCACGAGAGCAGCGCCGCUCUGGCCAGCAGCCCCUCGGAGUCCUCCCUCAACCCUGCCGACGGCGCCAACGCUCCUGCUGCCAGCUCCAGUUUGAACAGCUGGCUCCAGCACGGGCUUCAGACGCUCCUCCACAUCAUGCAGGUCACCCUGGGCUACAUGCUAAUGCUCUGCGUCAUGUCCUACAACGUCUGGAUCUUCCUGGGGGUCAUCGUGGGCUCAGUCCUUGGCUACUUCCUGGCCUUCCCGCUGCUGAUUAAAGUGGAAUAAAGACCAGGCGAGGAGACUCUGAGCACUGGAUGAAGGACACUUAGAGAAGAGUAUCUCUGAUUCUCUUGUGUUAAGACACUGUAAAAAAGGAAGACCCCCGUGUUGACUGUUUGCUGUUGGGUCAAGAGUACUGUUCAACGUGAAGAGAAGGCGUGUUGAUGCAUGUCGUCACAUACUUUGGUGGCACUGAGGUUAAUGUGGAUUUGAGACAGAGAGGUCUAAGGUUACUCUGCUCUGAGGUGUUUUGGCUUUUGAAUUAUUCCUGACAUGUUUUUUUUUUUUUUUAAUUGAACACUAUAGAAAAAGGUGUUUCAAAGGCGCAAUACCUUUUCUGCGGAACCUCAUUUUAUCCAAAAACAUCUCAUGUACGUAAUCACAUCUUGUAGAAGUGAAGUGUAUGAUGCUGCCUAUGUCUUGGUUUAAAAGGAUUUAAUGGCCUGUACUGAAAGUAUACAGCUCUGUUUGUAUGGCUGUGAAGGGGUUUUCUUAUUACAGGAGGGCUAGCUUGUGACUUGGAUGUUGCAAUGCUGUAAACUUGGGUCCUUUGUCUGCUCUGUGAAAUACUGUAUGUACGUGGGUGGGGAACAGCUAAAUGCACUAGUCCUCAGAAUUGAAUGGAGAACGAAAAGUGGAAAGACAAACACACCACGUGGCCUUAGUUAAUUAAUCACCAGCACCAAGUUUAAACGUUUGAAUCUGCCAACAAUCAGCAGGUUUACAUCUUGUGACUUUGAAAGGUACUGACAGAUUUGUUUCUAAUUCCAACUGGUUGUAAUGUAGUUGUACUUUAUCUGGCUAGUUUUGACUUUUAGCCUAAAUAACCAAGUGGGAAUAGAACACAGCCUAUUAUGUAACCCUUGUAAGUAAGUCUUCAGUGCUCUUUCAAACUCAUUUAGUAAGACUUAUAAAGUCUCCCUAACUUUGAUCCUAAACAUGAAGUAAACUGAUAAGCAUUGUAUUUGAUGACCACUACUGUCACUGCCCUGACACUCAUGGACAUAUUUGAUGACAGCUGUUAUCAUUGGGUGUCACAGGAUUGUGUUUUUUUUAGUUUGUUUUGUGGUUUGCUAUCAUUAAACUGAAAUGACUAGUUGGGA